UCCGCAUCUGCACAGCAAACAUGGCUGUGCCAGACAGCGCCCCGGCGCCCACAUCCACACACGUCGCGGACCCUGCCCUUGUCCCUUUCCUCCAGCGCCAGUUCGACCCCGCCGACUAUCUCAAUGCGACACUCCCCUCCCUUUCGCUGUCCUCCGUCUCCUCGCGCCCGCUCAAGCAGGCGCACGCCGUCUCGCUGGCCGAGCUCUCUUCGCACACCCAAGACCUCCUUUCACAGCUGAAUGCCCACACGACGCGUUUGUCCACUAUCCUCACCCAGCUUACCGAUGACAUCCUCCGAAGCGGCGCGCGUCUUGCCUACGAAGUCGAAGUCCUCCGCGGGGAGACCAUUGGCCUCACUGAGACACUCACAAUUGGGUUGAAGGAGGACGUUAGCAAAUUCGUGCCAGGGGGUUCACGUCUCGGUGAUAAACAAGAAGAAGAUACCGCAGCUACCAGCCCAACACUACAAGGCGACCAGGAGCCAGGAGCACCUACAAUAGACCUACCCGACUCAGAACCGUCAACGCCAGGCUACAUCACUCAGCUCCGCGUUCUGACUCUCGUCCGGAACCGCCUCGAAACCGUCAUCAAAGUCUUUGGCGAAGCCAUGCACUGGACGCUCCCCCCUUCCGAAGUCUCACUGACCUCCUCCCUUAUCUCUGUCUCCGCCCCUGACCCCGGCACCGAUGCGUCCACUCGCGAACAAAAAGGCAAAGAGUUCGCUGCUGCCUUGCGCGCCGAGAUAUCCGAUCUGGUAAUGGGCAAUCCCGAGAGUGGACCCGAAGCGGCCCAGACGAGGAUACAAGCGCUCAAGGAUCUGGCUGUGGUGUGGAAGGGAACGGCCGAGGAGAAAGCGAGAGCAAAAUUCGUCGAAGGUCUAGUGAGGAUCGUAGAGGAUAGGCAAAAGGAACUUGACCGCGAGAAGGAAAAGAGGCAGCAGGGCUCAAGAAGCGGGAGCACAACAAAGCCUCAGGUGCAACCACCAGCAAGUCAUCGAGGUGGUGGUGGCUUUCUGGACAACCUGCAAAGGAUAACGGAGAACUAUAUAUGAUAAAUGACCUCAUACCAUC